CGCACACUUAUCUUGUCCUUCUCAGCGAAGUUACUGGAGAAUGAAAGACCAGACACUCGAACACAUGUUGUUGGUUAGAUAACUACAAAGUAGUUGACAUUUGCACUUAUCGAAUCCAUAUUUCAUGGAAGAUACUGAUCUACAUCUAUCAGAGCCCAUGACGGGAAUGUUGGACACAAACGCUCCUGAGAACGGAGACUCUCCACCCAUGCAGGGCUCUGGAGACGCCUUUCUUCCAGACCUCCAGGCUGCCGACUGGACCAUGUCCAACAACACUGCACCACAAAUGGAUCAGUACCAGCUGGAGAACACACAUUUGUUCCCCGUGGAUGGGUUGGCACAGGAAGGAACAGGUUCUGCACCAGGGAGUGAUGGAUCAGAUCAAGAUGAGCAGAAAUCUGACCACCAGGGCAAUGAAACCGCGCAGUCAGAGACCGCCGCCUCAGGUGACCAGAACAUGGAGAAGCCAGCGGAGCCCGCGCCAACGUCAGAGGCAGGCAGUCCGUCAAACAUGGAGCUGGAGGAUGCUGGGAAGGAAGGAGGUGAGGAGGAGGAAGACUCAGCGAUGGUCCUAACAGAUGCCGCUCCAGAAGAGCCGGCCCUCCCCACAGAGUACGAUAGACUCAGCAAAGUGGUGGAGGAGAACCCUGACGACUUCAACGGCUGGGUUUACCUGUUGCAGUAUGUUGAGCAAGAGAACCACCUGCCAGCAGCGAGGAAAGCCUUUGAUGACUUCUUCCUACACUACCCAUACUGCUAUGGUUACUGGAAGAAAUAUGCAGACAUAGAGAAGAAGAAUGGCGAGGUCCAGGUAGCAGACGAGGUGUACAGACGGGGUCUGCAGGCCAUCCCUCUGAGCGUAGACCUUUGGCUCCAUUACAUAUCCUUCCUGAAGGAGAACCAGGACAAUACUGAUGGCGAAGCAGAGAGUCGAAUCAGAGCUACCUAUGAGCAUGCUGUGCUUGCCGCGGGGACAGACUUCCGCUCCGACCGCCUGUGGGAGGCCUACGUCAACUGGGAGACGGAGCAGGAGAAGCUGGCCAACGUCACGGCCGUGUACGACCGCAUCCUGGGCAUCCCCACCCAGCUCUACUCCCAGCACUUUCAGAGGUUUAAAGAGCAUGUGCAGAACAACAACCCCAAGCACUUCCUGUCUGAGGAAGAGUUUGUGCAGCUGAGGGUGGAGCUGGCUGCCGCCGCCAAAGCGUCAAACGCGUCAAACGAAGACGAAGACGGAGAUGGAGAGACACCCAGUGAGACGCCCAGCGAGGAGCUCCCCCCCGGAACAGAGGACCUUCCCGACCCCGCCAAGCGUGUGACCGAGAUCGAGAACAUGCGGCACAAGGUGAUCGAGACGCGGCAGGAGAUUUUCAACCACAACGAGCACGAAGUCAGCAAGCGAUGGACCUUCGAAGAAGGGAUUAAGCGGCCAUACUUUCACGUGAAGGCUUUGGAGAAGACCCAGCUUGCAAACUGGCGGGAGUACCUGGACUUUGAGCUGGAGAAUGGGACUCCGGAGAGGGUGGUGGUUCUGUUUGAGCGCUGCCUGAUCGCCUGUGCCCUCUACGAGGAGUUCUGGAUCAAGUACGCAAAGUAUUUAGAGGGCUACAGCAUGGAGGGAGUGCGGCACGUGUACAAGAAGGCGUGCACCAUCCACCUCCCCAAGAAGCCUACCAUCCAUCUCCUGUGGGCAGCAUUUGAGGAGCAACAAGGGAAUAUAGAGGAGGCUCGUCGCAUCCUGAAGGCCCUGGAGGAGGCGAUGCCGGGUCUCGCAAUGGUGAAGCUGCGCCGCGUCAGCCUGGAGCGUCGCCACGGCAACCUGGACGAGGCGGAAGCGCUGCUCCGCGACGCCAUGCAAAACGGGAACAACACGGGCGAGACGUCGUUCUACGCGGUGAAGUUGGCGCGCCAACUGAUGAAGGUGCAAAGGAGUCUGGGAAAAGCCAAGAAGGUGCUCCUGGAGGCCAUCGAGAAAGACCAGACGUGUCCAAAGCUGUAUCUGAAUCUGCUGGAGCUGGAGUACAGCGGGGAUGUGCAGCAGAACGAGGCGGACAUCGUGGCCUGCUUUGACCGCGCCCUGAGCAGCUCCAUGCCUCUGGAGUCGCGCAUCACCUUCUCCCAGCGCAAGGUGGAGUUCCUGGAGGACUUUGGCAGUGAUAUUAACGUUCUUGUAGCGGCAUAUGACGAGCAUCAGAAGCUUCUAAAAGAGAAUGACUCCACAAAGAGGAAAGCGGAGAAUGGGUCUCAAGGCCCUGACUCCAAGAGGCAGAGAACAGACGACUCUGCAGCUGGUCAAAUGAUGCCAGCAGGCAACGACCAAGCGUACAACUACAACUGGUACCAGCAGUACAAUUACCAGAACUCAUGGGGCCAGUACAACCAAUAUGCCGGGUAUAACCAGUACUACCCCCCUCCCCCCACAUGAUCUCAGCGUGAAUGACCAGACCGAUUGAUUGGAGGCGGCAAAGCAAGCAUCCAAUUUUUUACCCUAUCGAACCGCUCGAGUCACUGACUCCCCUCACAGCCAUUCUGUUGAUCAGCUUUUGAUCUGACCUGUGUUUGUUGGGCAUGUAUGUGUGUUUGUGCAAAUUAUUUUACUUUUUCUCCCCCUCCCCUCGUAUGUGAAGUUGCAAAUACAGCUUUUGAUUUUUAGACUGGUUUGGCCUGGAGUAGAAUCUAAUUUUUGGGGAAUUUAGUUGUAUUUGAAGAAGAUGAAGAUUGAAAUAUGUAAUAAACCUCUAAAAUGUCUUUCUUUAACAUCUCCUGAAUGUGUUUUCUGGGCAAAUAUCUGAGGUUUUGUUUUUUAUUUUGACUUUCAUAAUAAAGUGAUUGAUAUCCUCA